AGUAUAGUUGAUCUAUAAUGUUGUAUUAGUUUCAAGCGUACAGCAAAGAAAAUGUGCUCAAUUUUAUAGAGAACCAAUCCAGGAAUACUGAGAAUGUUUUUAUUUCUUUGUUCCUUUAUGGAGUCUGAUAAUUCUACUAGACCAACAACAAUAGGAGAAAGGGAUUACCAAAUACUUGCAUAAUUGAUCAGAAACCCAGGGUUUCCAAUGGCUUCUGAGGAAAAAAAAAAGGAGCUCUGCAUCUUUAAGGCUCCUCGGAGCUCUGUUUGCUCGCGAUGCAGACAGAGCAGGCUCUGCCGCAGAGACUCAUCCUAUCAAUAAGGUUCAGUUAGCCAAGGUGGAGGAUGGGAAAAGAAUGGAGCUGUCCCAGCUACUCAAUGAGAUCAGGGCAAACUAUGAAAAGCUCCUCACCAGAAAUCAGAUAGAGACCGUGCUUUCAACAAGGAUCCAGGUAAUGAUUUCAUACAGACAGGCAUCUUCCAGGAUAAGGAGACAAUCCAUGUCUAUCCAAUUCCUGUCCCGGCCUCUCUGAGCUAGAAGAAGAUCUAAGCAAAAAAAUGGACAAAGAUGAAGAGGCUUUAAAGGCGGCUCAGGCAGAGCUCAAGGAAGCCCGGCGCCAGUGGCACCACCUGCAAGUGGAAAUUGAAUCUCUCCAUGCUGUGGAAAGGGGCCUUGAAAACUCCCUCCAUGCCAGCGAACAACAUUACCAGAUGCAGCUUCAAGACCUAGAGGCAGUGAUUGAAGGACUAGAAAAAGAGCUACAGGAAGUAAGGCGUGGCAUCGAAAAGCAGCUUCAAGAGCAUGAGAUGCUUCUCAACACGAAGAUGCGGCUAGAACAAGAAAUCGCAACUUAUCGCCGCCUCUUAGAAAAGGAAGAAAUCAGAUAUUAUGGUUGUAUCCAAGGUGGGAAAAAAGAACAAAAACCUACCACAAGUAGAGUUGGGUUUGUGUUACCUUCAGCCAUUAUAAAUGAAAUAUCUUUUUCAACAAAAGUCCCACAAAAGUAUGAGAAUGAAAAAGUAGAAACAGUGACCAAACAGGCAAUAUUAAAUGGAAGUAUCGUGAAAGAAAGCACUGAAGCUCACGGCACUAUUCAGACAGAGAGAGUGGAUGAAGUUAUUAAAGAAUGGGAAGGUUCCUUCUUUAAAGAUAACCCUCGAUUAAGGAAAAAGUCUGUUUCUCUUCGCUUUGAUCUUCAUCUAGCCGCCACUGAUGAAGGGUGUUUACAGACUAAGCAGGAUAAUCUACCAGAUAUAGAAGUCAGGCUUAUCAUGAGAAGAUCAUGCAGCAUCCCCUCUAUCAAACCUCCAUCAGCAGCUAAUUAAUCCAAAGACAGUAUUUGGCUUGAUGUGAAAAUGCCAUUAGGAUGGACCAAGGUGGGAGGCCACGCUGACCACCUUCUGUCCCAAAACGUAAGUGAUAAAGUAUGUUCUGACCAAUGGGUGACUCUCUUUGGGAAAAAAAAAAAAAAAAAAAAAAAGAUGGAGGUACAAAAUUUCUCUGACCCUAGGUAUAAGCUGUUGGGGGUGUUUUUGGACAGGGGGAGCUUAAAGUCGGAAAUGUAAAACAGUUUCCAUUUUAUUUUUUAAAAAUACAGUCUUUUUUUUCCCUAGAAAUUUUUAUCAGAGACUGGAGGCAUUAAAAUGGUUUGCUUAAGUCUUUUAAAUUGUACUCGAUGGCUGAACACUCAAAGAGAAAAGGAAGAGUCUGUUUACUUCUGAUUAUACCAUGUAAGGAACCACACUACGUUAUUCAUCAUUAGUCCAUGACUGAUUAUAUCUAAAAAGACUUUUCUACUUAAAAAGGAAAGCAAUCAUAAAUGAAUUUUUAAAGAGGACUCACUAUUCCCUUGACCAAAUGUUUUCCUCUGGGGACAAUAAUUUGCACCCAUAGAAAAAUAAGUGACUUUCCACUGAGAUAUUUUGAGCGAACUAUAGAACAUACCCCAGGGCUAAAGUGAUGAUUAAACUAAUCAUCACCUAAUAGUUUUUUGUAAUCAUUACCUGAUAUCCAGAAGAGUUACUUUAUUCAAAGAACUUUAAAGGUUGUGUCCUCCCCCACAGAAAAUCAGAAGGCCAGCUGCAAAAACAAAACAUGAAAGCUAGUUACUGCAAUUACUAGAUCAGAGUUAUCCAAACUCUCACCAUCCCAACUUUUCCAUCUGUAAAGUUAAAUGUGAUUAAUUUGUCUUUGAUGCGAGCAUUAGAUAAAGACACUAUAUAAAAUAUUAUAAAUAUUUCUUGCAGUCAUUUAUGUGAAUUAAGAUAACAGUAUUGUUAUCAAAGCUAACAGUAUCUGCAGGAUUUAUGUUUUUAAAUUGUUCAAACUGUAAUAAAUACGGAUAGAAAAUAUAUUUGUGAAUAAGUCAAGUAUUGUUGCAAAGUUUUUUAAACAAACUAAUUUGUUUAAUACAGGUAUAAAGACAUUAAAUAAUAAAUUUCUGUUUUAAAACAUUAGAGGAGUUCCCACCAUGUCACAGUAGAUUAAGAAUCUGACUGCAAUGACUCAGGUCACUGUGGAGGCACAGGUUCGAUCCCCAGCUGGCACAGUGAGCUAAAGGAUCCAGCACUGCUGUAGCUGCAGCCCAGGUUGCAGCUAUGGCUUGGAUUCGGUCCUUGGCCCCGGAACUUCCAUAAGCUGCAGGUGCAGCCAUUAAAAAAGAAAAAGUUAGAAAUUUAUAAGUUAUCAAUUUUUUUCUAAGCAGAAAAAACAUUGAGUACAAAGCAGUAUAACUUUUCCAAGCUAAAGUAUCAUCUAAGGGCUACAGCUGUUAGUAUACUAAUACAGCCUUUGCAAACUCUCUUCUUUAUUUCAACCAAAAAAUAAUAAUAAUGAAAAGAAAAAAGAAUAUUUUAACCAGAAUACAAUUAUGUUAAAUAAUCUUUAACAUAAUACAGGGAAUAACACUUAAAUUUUCUUUCAAUUACUUCAUAUUUCUUUCAGCCUGGCUUAUGCUCUUUGUGAAAGGGAUGAUUUUGUUUUGUCAAGGAUACAACAGCAUGUUAAGUGCUUAUUCUUGCAUAAGCAUCUGACCUAAAAUACACCCUGUACAUAAAAGUGUUUUCAUUGAGUAUUAGUUAAAUGCUGCCAGCUUUACUAAAGCUUUGAAAAUGCAAUCAUAUAUGCUAUUGUACUAAAGUUACUGUACUAAGCAACAGUAUCAUAAUAAAGGAAUAUAUCUAGUGAAAUCUACAUGCAGUGUUAAAAACUUAGAACUGGGCAUCAUGAAUGUAACUGCUUGUUAUAGUAAUUCCACUAUGCAGCUACUGUGCGUAUAACGUGUACAUUUUAAAAUACAGUACCUGAAUUUAUAACAAACUUUGAUUUGAUUUGCUUUGGGGCAUUUUAAACUGGGAUAUGAAUUUACCAAAGUAAAUGAUACCACUAUAAUAAAAAAAUUGAAAUAUGAACUA